AUGGCUACCGAGGCCAGUCGCCAGUAUGUGCCACUGACCUGCCACGGCCACUCUCGUCCCGUUCCGCACAUUGGAUUCUCCAACUUGGAAAAGGAGGACACGUACUACCUGAUCUCUGCUUGCAAAGAUGGAAACCCUAUGCUUCGCGAUGGCGUUACUGGAGACUGGAUUGGCACCUUCAUCGGCCACAAGGGAGCUGUUUGGCAGGCUAGGCUGAGCCCUGACGCAUCCAACGCAGCCACCGCGUCGGCAGACUUUACGGCCAAAAUCUGGGACACCCAUACCGGCGAGAUACUCUACACCAUUCAGCACGACCAUAUUGUCCGAGCCGUCGCUUACCCUCCCGACAACUCGGACCUCGUUGCCACUGGUGGCAUGGAAAAGAAGCUGCGAGUCUUUGAUCUCUCGGAGCUCUCUGCCUCUAGCCCUGGCUCUGCUGUGACGAUCCCGGCUUCCGCUGGCUUUGAGAUUGGCGAAGGUAUCCAUACCGACUCGAUCAAGUUCAUUUGCUGGACUCAAGACCCCAACGUCAUCAUUACUGCGUCGGGCAAAACGCUUCGAUGGCUGGACGUUCCAAGCCGCACCUGCAUUCACCAACAGGUGUUGGACGGGGAGAUUAAGUCGUGUGAGAUGAUUUCGCUGUGCCCGAGCGUGGCCUCACCCAUCGAUAUUGGAGGAGGCAAGCCUGUGCUUGCCGUUGCAGCCGGCAAGACAGCCUACUUCUGGGGCGAGGAGCGAGCCAUGACGGAGCUGAAGCGCAUCACACUCCCAAACUCGAUUGCUAGUGUGGCCCUCGACAUCAAGGGACGCAAGCUGGUCGUGGGCGAGGAGCCUGGUACCUGGGCCAAGGUGAUUCGCUACGAUGACGAGGUUGAAAUCGACACCCACAAGGGCCACCACGGCCCCAUCUGGUCUAUUGCCUUUUCUCCCGACGGCAAGCUGUACGCGACGGGUUCCGAGGACGGCACGAUCAAGAUGUGGAAGAAUUGCGACGGGUUCUACGGACUGUGGCGUGGUGCUGGUACUGAACGUUCGGGAGAAUAG